AUGGGUCAGCGGCCAAGUGGUGCCCCCUGGCAGCUGGUAGGGUUUGUGCUGGGCACAGUGGGCUGGAUCGGAGCCUCCAUAGCCACGGGCCUGGUCCAGUGGAGGGUGUGGCACGUGAGCCCAGCAGACAUCGACUCGGGCAUUGCCUGGGUCGGCAUCUGGAGGGCCUGUUUCUACAGCAACCAGCUAGCGUCCCCAGUGCUGCGGCGCAUGUCCUGCCAGGCGAUGGGCGUCACCGAGGACUUUGUACCAGAGGAGAUUGCUGCCGCGCAGGUGCUGAUGGUGGCGGCUGUUCUGGUCGGCGCAGCUGGCAAGGUGGCCACGGCUUCCGGGCUGAAAGGUGUUUACGUUGGUGGAGGGCAGGUAAGGUUGGCUCUGCGUGCUGGAGGGGUCUUUCACCUGCUGGCCAGUGUCUGCGUCGUUAUCCCCGCCGGCUGGAAUCUGAGCUCCGUGGCUAACAACCGGAGCAUCACCUUCACACCCCGCUUCCGCCUGCCCCCGUCACCAUGGACGCAAGAGGCAGGAGCCGCCAUCUACAUGGCCCUCUUUGCAUCCGGCCUGCUGCUCCUGUCAGCUCUGCUGCUGCUCGGUUACAGGAACCCCGCGCCGCAGGCCGGCUCCAAGGUCCACCCCUUCUCCCUGGACUGA